CUAUAUUAGUUCAGUACAUGUCUGAUACCACAAACAACACAAUGGUAACCUCAAAACACAAUUCUAUACCACAUAUUGCGUCAAGUCGAUCGCUGACUCCUUCCAGCUCGGAGCGAUCUGUGUAUGAACUUUUUGAAAUAUUCAAUAAGUUUGUGCCUACCUCUUUGUUCGCCUACAUGUUGAUCGCCAUGGUAAUCUUCCUCGCCUUAGCAUUUGUAUUUAAGCCUAGAUGGAUUAGAUUGCAGCUGAGCGAAAAAUAUAGAUUGCACAUGGCUGGACCCAUGGUUGGCGACUUUAAAAAGGGGAUAUUAAGUACGAAUGAAAAGGAUAGUCGUUUAUUACCUGACAAGUCAUCUUCGUCCUCAACAUCUUUAUCACCAUCUGUACUACCAACACAUAAUGCAUCACCUGGAUUAUAUAAAAAGACAUCAAAUUCUCACAGGCGUCCUAGUUCGCGCCAAAAAACUCAGCCAACAAAUAUACCUGCAAAUUCACUUUCGCCAAUAGAUGAUGAUCUGUCUUCUACGGUUUCGAGUAUUGAUUCACUUAUUGAACAAUCUUCAACGUUUACAGAACAAGAUGAGAUAAAAACGAGUGUGACGAUACAUGUUGCUGAUACAUUAAAUUCACGUACUAUUCCAUCUUCCGCUGACGCUUGUCAAGUUAAUAAGGACAAAAUCGGUAAUAAUGUUAUUGAUCCAAAUUCUGGUAAAAUCGAACAUACAAUUGAAAAAUUAGAGACGGAUCAAGGUUUUAUUCAAGAUGAUAAUAUUAGUUCUUGGACUGAAUCACAAAGUACUCCAACGGCGAUUUCAAAUAGAGAUGAUAAAAGUAGACGUCAAACCGCAGAUGUUACAUUUUCAGAUUCAUCUUUGCCAUCUAAGUUACAAAAAAAGAAUUCUAAUUCACCUAUUAAGGGAUAUCGCAAACAAAAUGCCCGUAAUAAAGAGCAAAUUAUUGUCUCAACAGCUCAAGAAAGCGAUGGAGAUAUUGAUAGUAGUACUAUUUCAGAUGAUCAUUCUGAUCAAAGCUUGAUUCAACAGACUGUACCUGUCGUACAGAAGCAUAUGCAAUGUUCCACUCAAGAAGAAACCUUCGUUAAAACUGGACAUAGAAGACGCAGGAGAAGGACAAGAGGUUCUAAGAAUAAUCAACAAAAAGCACAGCAAAACCAACAAACACAAAAUUCAGAUCAACGUUCCUUAAAGCAGGAGCAAUCGAUAUCUUCGCAAAAACGAGAUAUUUCCUCAGAGAUGUCUAAAUCACGUCAUCAUCAUUCGAAUGAGAUACCGAGGUCUCGUCAGGUCGUUGAAAAAUCUAAAACGGUGGAUUAUGACAUUUGGGAAAGACAUUCUCAUCAACAUACCGAAUCUUAUCAAUCAUCGCGCUCAGAUCAAACAGCUCACUUAUUACAAUCUAACAAACGCGAUGGCCAAACAUAUCAUCUUGAAACCCUGAAUGGUACUGCUAUGCCAGCAAAAGCUACGCUCUCCGAAUCAAAUAGGAAAAGUGCAGGUUUCUCAAGGUCGGAUGUACAUUGGAAGCAAAAUGUCAUAACGGCACCAUCUGUUUCUUCUUCCAAUGUUCCUAUAUCGCGUUUUACAACCUAUGCUGAUGUGAUUGCGCCUCAAAAUCGACCAUCCGUAAUCACUAAUGGACCUACUCGUUCUAAUACCUCGAGAUUAUCUAACGAAAAUGGUAUCAUGACACCGGUGCCUGCAGCUUCUAUGAAUAACACAAUCAACUCCCAAUGGUAUUCUCCUUUCGUAUCUGGUCUUUCAAUCCAACUAACUCCACCAGCGUCUCCUCAGAACAUGCAUCGUCAAUUGCCUCAUACAAAUACAUCAAAUUCUAUCUUUUCUUCCAUGUAUUCUUCUAAGCAAUCUCAAGAUCGUAACCGAAAUGUGAUUGCACCGCCGCCACCAAUAUCUGCACCAAAUGGUAAUGUUAUUACAUCACCUAUCAAUUCAUCAUUUAGAGAAUCAAUUUUUGGAAGAAAACAUCCUGUUCAGGAUCAAGAGAAAGGUGAAUUAUCUGAUGAUGCAGAUGAUUCUGAAUGUUGGAAUAAAAUAACGGGAAUAUCAGAUUUGAACAACCAGAGGAAUACGUGGGUAGGACAAAAUAGACCUGCUUCGCUUAUUAGAAAAGGAAAAUUUGGCGAAGAAACAAAAAAUGAGAGUAUCAGCGAAAAUGUAUGGCAUCAUGAGCAGCAGCAGUCUCAACAGCAAUUUUCGUUAUUUGAUAAGCGAUUAUCUUUCAUGUAUCCACCCAAAUCUUAA